AUUAUGAUAUAACAAUUUUAUCAAAUCGACUUUUAACCUACAUAUGAUUUAUAUAAAUCUAUAGAGAGCUUCAUGAGAUCAAUACGUCUUGUGUUUUAGUGCUGGUGAUACCGGAUUUUUAUUCUAAAAUAUUAAUUUUGAAUAUGGCGAUACCUAACAAGUCGCUGAGAAUAAUAAUUAUUUCCAUCAUACUAGUAAUAAUAUCCUACAAAACUACAGCCAAACCGGCAGAUUGGCAUCCAAAACAUUAUUGUGAGGUAGCUGAUGCUACGAAACGUGAAAUGUGCCAGAGAUGUGCAAAGCAGACGAAAUCGAGCCUAGUUUAUCCAAUGUGCUGUAACGAAGAAGACGAAGUUCAUAGUUGGUGUUAUAAAUAUAUUAAUUAUGAGAGCGAAGAAAAUGUAGAGGACGACGAUGAUAAUUUCGAGAGACGAGAUUAUUCCUGACGAAGAGGGAGAUGAAUAAUUAGUUAUUGGAAAAAAAAUUUUUCUUAAGUAUUGUAAUUAAAGUAUUAAGCUUUUGUAAUUAAAGAAAAAUAUAUAUGAA